AUGUUUUUCCAAAAGUUUGUUCGCAAUGAUGCAACCAAGAAUGACCCUCCAGAGAUUUACAAUGUGAGGACUGUAGUGGUUAGUCUGCUUGCAUGCGGCGGUGCACUUCUGUUCGGCAUGGAUAUGGGCGUUAUGGGGGGUGUCCUGACUAUGCCUACUUUCCAAGAGCAAUACGGUCUGACCGACAAACCUGCGGCCGAAAUUGCCAACCUUUCCUCGAAUAUCGUUUCAACCAUUCAAGCUGGCGCAUUUCUUGGAUGUAUCGUUUCCAUGUGGCUGGCUAACUUUAUCGGUCGACGACUCUCUCUGAUGGCUGCGUCUCUUCUGGUAUUCGUUGGUAUCGCCAUGCAAGCUGCUGCCAGUGGCCAUCUUUCGCUUAUGUAUAUUGGGAGAUUUAUCGCCGGCAUCACCGUUGGCAUCUCUUCCACUGUCAACCCACUCUACGUGUCCGAGAAUGCUCCGCGAGGUAUCCGAGGUCUUCUUACUGGCUUCUAUCAACUCUCCAUUGUCACUGGAUUGACUCUCGCCUUUUGGAUCAAUUACGGCUGUCUUCUUCACGUCAAAGGGCAUGCACAACACAUCAUCCCACUUGCCUUACAGGCCCUUCCAGCCGUCAUCCUUUUCUUCGGCAUGAUGUUCGCUAACGAGUCACCCCGAUUCCUGGCCCAGAAGAACCCAAAUAAGGCUCUCUUAGUCCUUGCCAAGUUAAGGGGACUGCCCCAAGACCACCUUUAUGUAGUUGAAGAGAUGGAGAACAUCUCUCUUCAGCUCGAGGAAGAGCGAUCUUUGGCAGCUAACAGCUCAGGUUGGACUCUAGUCCAAGAAGCUUUCACUGUCAAAUCAUAUCGGCGACGAACGUUUCUCUGCAUCACUCUUAUGAUGUGGAGUAACCUCACGGGUACCAAUGCAAUGACUUACUACUCGCCUACAAUUUUCAAAUCUGUAGGGUUGUCGUCCUCUUCAGCUGGAUUGUUCGCCACAGGCAUUUAUGGUAUUGUUAAGAUGGUGUCCUGUGCUAUCUUCAUCUUCUUCGUGACCGACUCGCUGGGCCGACGAAAGAGUCUUCUAUGGACUGCAAUUGUGCAGGGACUGGCUUUGUUUUACGUCGGGCUUUAUGUCCGAUUUGAUCCUCCCGGUACAGAUUCACCCGUUGGGCCUGCUGGUUAUGUCGCUAUCGUGGCCAUUUACAUCUUUGCGGCAGUCUAUCAGUUUGGCUGGGGCCCUGUGGUCUGGACAUACUGUUCCGAAAUCCCUGCUGCCCGCAUGCGCGCACUCCAGAUGGGUAUGGCGACCGCUAGUCAAUGGUUGUUCAACUUUGUUGUCGCCAAAAGUACGCCAAGCAUGUUUGCCACACUUGGCCGUGGCGGGUUUGGUACUUACUUCAUAUAUGGUUCAUUUUGCUUUGCUAUGGUUGUGUUUGCUUGGGUCUUUGUCCCAGAAACCAAAGGACUUGCUCUGGAGGACAUGGAUGAACUCUUUUCGCAGGAUAACGUACGAGCCCCUUUUGUACCCUCUCGGCUAUCUCGCGUCGAUGCCGUGCGUGUCGCGAAGGAAGAUAUUGAUCCCAGGGUUGAACAUGUUGAUAAAGCUUGA